AUGGCGUUAACUAAGAAUAAAGCUCAAGUUCAGGAACAGCUUGAUGGAGUAGAAAAUAAAAUUCAAGAGCGCAUUAGAGGAAUCGAAAAUAAGAUUCAAGAUUUGGUCAAUAUAAUUGAAAGUCUGUGCGACAGCCGUAAGACGUUGAUUUUCGCAUCCCUCGUUCGAGAUGAACUUGAACAUGCUCAAGAAAAGCGGAAGGCGGACGAGGCGUUCGACUAUGAGUAUGGAUAUGUAUAUGGCAUUGUCACGACAGAGCUUGAAUUAUUGAGACAGCACAUUGGUGAGCUUGAAGCUAAGAACGCCAAGCUUGAAUCUGAGAAAGCUGAGAUUGAGCCGAGCUUCUAA